AUGACAAUGCUGGAGGAGAUUGUUCCCUCUAGCAACCAGAGGAGCGGUCCCUCUAGGGCAGUUGGGAUAGAAGAUAAUGAGGUUCCUAGUCAUAUUGUGGUGCAUAAAGAGAAUGAUGUCUCUAGCACAAGGGGAAAUACUUAUCUUAAUUGUAUGUAUGUAAACGCUAGAAGCCUUACAGGUACAAAGGACAAACUAGAAAUCCUUGCAACAAGCAAACAGUAUGAUAUUAUAGGCAUUACUGAAACUUGGUGGGACGAAUAUCAUGAUUGGACAGACAAUCUAGAGGGUUAUACACUGUUCAGGAGAGACAGAUUAAAUAAACGGGUGGAGGUGUAUGUCUUUAGUACCACCGCCACCUGCCAGCACACAUGCCCGGCUGUUGGUGAUGAGGCACCAGGCACCAGCACAGCCGUACCACCGCCACCUGUGCACCCAACACAGGGCCAGAGGGAGGAGGAGAAGCCACCAGGCCCCAUCUCAUCCGCAGCACGUGCCCCACCCACCCAGAAGCCUACCCCACCUGCCCAGGAGCUGGAGGUAGCAAGCUCCGAAAGUGACCGCCUCGUGAUUGAUACAGAGGCAGAGGAGGAGGAGAUGGGGGAGCCCUCAGGCAAGAAUGAUAUCAGUUACGUGGAGUCGGGGGAGGAGGAGGAGGAGCCACAGUCACAGUAUAGUCAAAUAAGAGGGAGGGAUUUUUCGGAGAAGCUUACCUAUAAUGUCACUUUGGGUCCUAUCGCUAAUGAGUGAUCUAACUUCCAUAUCAACCUCUGCGGCAAAGAGGUCAGGGAUAUCUGGUAUACCGGUAUAAUUAUGUAGAAACAUCUCAUCAUCUUUUAGGACAGCAGUGCUG